AUGGUCAACCAGCUCAAAUAUGGUCCGAUUCCAGUUCUCAAAGCCCUCAACUCCGAUUGGCAUGUGAUUAAGGCUGAACAGGUGAAUCAAAAGCGCGCAAGAGCUUCAACAGUUACAAAAUCAUCUCCAAUCCAAACCCAUGGAACAUUAUUGAGAGAACCUUUAAGAAGGUCAAAGUCAUCAGUGCCAACAUAUUCUUGCAGAUUUGAGAAAACAGUAAAGCUGCCGCAACAGCUCCUAUUCCUUCAGCAGGCAGAAGUGCAACUUAAUUUCCAGAAAAGUAGCGACCAUGGAAUCUUUUCUUUGUUACAUCCAAGGUUCAGCGGUGUGUUAGGCGAAGCUCUAGACUUGGUUGCUAGAUGGAGCAGGGAUGUGAUAACUGUUGAGAAGGUUGUUUUGGAACAAAGCAAUAGCCAGUAUGAGCUUCAAGGCGAAUACGUGUUGCCCAGGUCACGAGCUGGAAAAGAAACAGGAAAAGGGAACUUACUAAGAAGAGAAAUGGCUGGUGAUGUUGUUCCCCAUUACCUUAAUGUUGAUCUUGCAUUGGGAGAUAUACGUGUUGCAAAGUGUAUCAAGUCUGACUACCCAUGUGUCCCAUUGGAGGAAGCUCAAGGCAAUAUAGAUACUUUGAGCAAGUUCAUACAUUUAGAGUCCUUGAACGGUGUUACUAAGGAAGAGUGGAGACAAGUGAGGCACACAUUUAAAAAAAUCAGCACAAAUCUUGUUUACAGUGAGGCACACAUUAGUGACGGACGCCGUGGUCGCUACUGUGACGGACGCAACCAGCUCUUUUCCGCAAACAAUGUCCUUCCUUCUUCGUUUUUGCUCAGGCUGUUGCUAAAUGUCGCCACCACCACCCAAACAACCUUUUUGUUGUGUCGGUCAUCGUCCAUCACCGCCUGCCACCGCAAAGGAAGCUGA